AUGCCUAAGACUACAUCAUUAUCGUGUUCAGAAUAUUCUGAGAAAUCUGACUUGUCUUCUGAUCUUGAUCAACAUCAUGAAGCUCUUAAUGAUCAACCAAAUACAAUGGACACUAUAGAAAUACAACAUUUUGUUGAAAAACGAUUUCAAAUAAAUGAAGAGCGAACAGAAAUUAAAGAACUUGCGAAUAUUCCUAAAAGCAUGUCAUCUGUCCGUUCUCAUUGUGAGGUGAAGUGCCAAUCGACUAAUCAUCAAGAUUCAGAUUUAGUUACCAUAAAAUCUAAUAAUAUUUCAACGGCUAGUAUUGCACAACACACGAGCGAUUCUUUAACUAUGUUUCCUUGUUAG